AUGAUGGUUUUAAAUUUAAUCAAACUAUUACGAGACAAAUGUAUCGAACUAAAUAUAUUCAAGUCGCGUGACUUUGGGAGUGAUGUUGAUCGGAUAACAGCAAAACGUUAUGGUCAAUGGGCUACUCGUCUUUUUCUGAUCUUAUUUCUAAGUGGUCUUAUUAUUCUCAUAUUCUACACAAUUAUUCGACCACAUAUUGUGAUCAAACACUUUAAUAAACCAUCCUUUGUUCAUUACAAUCAUUUAAGAGAACUCUAUGGCAAUAAACUAAAAUGUUCAUGUUCAAAAAUAGCAUCGACAUACAAUCAAUUCGUCGAAAUCAAAUCUGAACUUCAUUCGAUUUGCAGAAGUGAUUUUGUAGAGGAGAAGUGGCGAAUGGAGUUAGUAACAGGUCUUCAUCCUAAUUUAGCUGAAUAUGAACCCAGAGAUUAUCGUCGAUUUAUUUCCGCUCAUUUACAAUACCUUCAAGGAUUGUGUCAACUUUCACAACGAUCAUUUCCUGUUAAAAGUCAAAAUUAUUCAGGAUAUUUAUACGCAGAACCUGUCAUCUAUGAUAACGAAUGCUCUUGUGAAAUGUCUUCAAAUUGUACAACUCAAGCAGCUUUUAUUGAAACAAACUCCUCUAGGGUUAUUUCCAUCAUUGGCAUGAAAAUGGGAUGUACUCCAAGUGACUCAUUUCUUGCUUCGACUCUUGAAUGUUUCUAUAAUCGAUCGUGUCUUGAUGUCAUUCAACAAUAUACUAACUACCCGUAUUCUUUAACCCCACUUUUAACGACAAAUCUUAGUCGUUUCUCACAGAACACAACAAUAACUGAAUUUAUCAAACACUUAUUCAUUGAGAAAUGGUCAACAAAAAUAGAUUAUCAAUCGUAUUAUGAACAGUGUUCGCCUCUACUAUGUUCUCAUACCAGUGUCGAAAACUUUGAUAUAAUCUACUCAAUUACUGUUAUAUUAGGUAUUCAAGGUGGUUUGAAAAUUGUUUUGAAUUGGCUUUGUCCAAAACUUGUUCGAAUCGCAUUAAAAAUACAUCAUUCUCGAAAGAAACGAAUAGCUUCUAUUCAUCCUGAUGAUUCUUUUGCAAUAUCGUCCCAAAUCUCUACUAACAGGAUUAUUCAAAAUACUGCUUUGAUCCGUACAACUAAACCAAUGAAUCUAACAUCACAAAAUAAUCUUAUAGCACGUAAUCGAUCGCUUUUCAAGAUAUUAUUUGUAAUAAUUGUUCUAUGCAUGUCAGGGGGUAUUGUUAUGUUUUCAAUUUAUUAUGCACGACAAGAUUUGACUACUAAUGUGGCGAUAACUGAUGAUUCAAACACAACAAUAAGCACAAUAAUAUCGACAUCUAACGGAACGUCAACAGAGUCCAUAUGUCAACCUGAAUUCGAACGCACAUUUAUUGAUAUAUUAUGUUUCUCUGAAACUCCAAAGGCAAUUAUUGCUGUCGAUGUGAAUAUUGAUGGUGAAUUCGAUAUAAUCUUUUACUGUCCUGAUAAACAGACAUUGCAUAUAUUAUUUGGGACAGGCAAUAAUAGUACAUUUAGCGAAUCGAACAUCUAUUCAUUUCACAACAAUGCGUCGGUUUCUCAUAUUCUUUCUGGUGAUGUGAACAACGACGAUCAGAUCGAUUUAAUUUUAGUAUAUAAUAUUAGUAAUGAUGAUCAUUAUCUUGGCGUUUUACUUGGAAAUAGUAAUGGAACGUUUCAGAUCGAAAGUAUGCAAUCAAUAGCUAUAACUGGCGUUCCAAAAAACACCUUGUUCGUUGAUUUAAAUAAUGAUAAGUUGUUCGAUAUUAUUAGUGUGAAUACAGAUAAUAAUCUUCAGGUCAUUUUCGGCAAUGAAAGUGGAACGUUCUCAUCACCAUUAACAUUGCAUAAAGGAUAUUAUAUUGAAAGUAAAGAUUUAGUUAUUGCCGAUUUUAAUAAUGAUAGUUAUAUGGAUAUUGCUGUAUUCGAUCAGAGGGAUCUCCAUAUUCAUGUGUUUUUUGCUAAUGCUAAGAGAAGCUUAUGGUCACAUAAAUGGCUUUUCACUGCAAUUAGGAUCAACCGUGGUACUUUAGUAAGUGGUGACUUCGAUGGUAAUAAUCAAACGGAUAUCGUUUUUCUUGCUAUGUACUAUGAAUCUUUUACGAAAUUAUAUCGAUACAAUAGUAGUACUUUUCGUACUAAUGAGCACAUUCAUACUACUAUGGAGAAAGGUACAAUAAUUGAGUUAGCAGUUGUGGGUGAUUUGAAUGGUGAUCGUUAUUUAGACAUAGUUAUUAUGACUGAAGGAGAAAAUGAUAUCUAUAGUUUUCUCGGAACUGGAUCUGAAAAAUUCGAGAUCCAACAAACGACUGAUUAUGUCACACGCGCACUUAGAGCAUGGAUUGAUAUUAUUGAUAUUAAUCACGAUGGUUGUCCAGAUAUAAUUGCUCUAGUUGGUUUUAGUUAUGCACGUGAUCCAAUACUGGAAAUUCUUUUGAACACAUGUGCAUGUUAUACACGUGAGAUAAUUACUAUCAGAAAAAAUUCAACAGUUGAUCAAUAA